CCAUGUACCACCCUUCCUCUCUGUUGUACCUCUUGCUGUAAGCAGCUGAUUCUGUGCAGUUGGAGACAGAACUUGAGAGAGACACAGCAGAGCAGUGAAAGACGGGUGGAGAGACAGAGAAGCUCAGAUAGUCGAUGAAUGCUCCUCUAACACACAGUGACUCCUCAGACGCAGACCUCAGUUCUUCCAUCUUGUCACCAUGAGGUUUGACCAGAUCCUGGAUGAAGUUGGUGGCUUCUCCAAGUUCCAGUUCCUGGUGCUGUUUCUCCUCUGCCUCCCCCGAGCCAUCCUCCCCCUCCACUUUCUCCUGCACAACUUUAUCUCUGCCACCCCUCCACACCGCUGUGCCCUUGGGACCCUGGAGAACACAAACCCGGCCCCCGAGGUGCUAGCCCUCAGGAUCCCCCAUAAGGAUGAAAGCUCUCUCAGCUCCUGUAGAGUCUAUGACCCCCCGCUGACCUUCGACCUCAGCCAGGUAAACCGGACAGCACCUUGUCCACAUGGAUGGAUCUACAACAGGUCGCAGAUUAGCUCCACAACCGUUACAGAGUGGGAUCUGGUGUGUGACGACAAACAGCUGAAUCAAGUUCUCGCCACAUACUUCUUCCUCGGGGUCACAUUUGGAGCCAUUCUCUUUGGACAGCUCUCCGACAAGUUUGGUCGUAAGUCAAUGCUUCUGGUGGCUUUUAUUGCUGCCACCAUGCUGGGAUUCACUUCGGCCUUCUCCACCUCCUACAUCAUGUUCGCCUUGUCCAGAGCACUUUGUGGUGUGGCCCUCAGUGGCCUGUCCAUCAUUGGGAUUGUCCUCGGUAUUGAGUGGACAGACGUAAAGCACCGCACGUUCACUGGCACCGUCAUGAGUUUGUCUUGGAGCGUGGGGACCAUGUUCCUGGCACUGCUGGCCUACUUCAUACGUGACUGGAGACAUCUGACGCUGGCAGUGACAGCACCCUGCAUCAUUGCUGUCAUCUCCUGGUGGUGGCUGCCUGAGUCGGCUCGCUGGCUUCUGGCCAACGGCAGAGUGGAGGAAGCUCAGAAGUAUCUGGUUCAGUGUGCUACGAUGAACGGCAAGAACACGACCAAACUAAACACUGAGGUUUUAGGGAAGGUGACGGUGUCUGAAGGGGCUGAAAAGAAUCCCUCGUACCUGGAUUUGGUCAAAACUCCGCAGCUGAGGAAGAUCACCCUAUGCUCUGGAUUAUUCUGGUUUGCUGUUGCCUUCCUGUACUAUGGAAUAAGCUUCAGGAUCUCAGGUUUCGGUGUCAGUAUCUACCUCACACAGUUUAUCUAUGGCGCCAUUGAAGUUCCCGCCAAAAUCCUCAGCUUCUUCGUCCUGGACAGGAUCGGCCGCAGGAAUGGCCAGGCGUGGUUUCUGAUCAUAACUGGAGCCCUGAUAGGAAUAAACACAGCCAUACCUUUAGAGUUCUCUGUGCUUCGUAUCUGUAUCGCUGUGGUGGCGAAGGGUUUCUCUGAGGCAGCUUUCACCACUGCGUUCCUCUACUCAGCAGAACUCUACCCAACCAUCCUCAGGCAGUGUGGUUUGGGCUACACUUCCUGUCUCUGUCGGAUCGGAAGCUCCCUGGCUCCCAUGAUCAUGCUGCUGGAGGACAUCUGGCUUCUUUUGCCACCACUGAUCUUCGCCACCACUGGAAUUGUUAGUGGCAGCUUGGUCUUCCUGCUCCCGGAGACGCUUAAUGUCCGUUUGCCUGAAACCAUCAUGGAUGUUGAAGAGGGAAGACACCGGCAGCGUGACGCAGGUGAAGGCGCAAAGAUUGAGCUGAAGGACUCAGACCCCAAAGACACGAACAUGUCACAGGAAAACUGAGCAGCUUUUCAUUCUGAAGCUCCGCGCUUUGUUCUGCAGAUGGCAGUGGGCUCAAUUGGUGCUGUUUGGACCUGAAACGAAUGUUAGACUAAAACUGUUUGUAGCAUGUGUUCAGGACAACAGACCUGACACACAUGGAUAUAGAGUUGGUUCUUUUAGUGUUUUUAAUUGAAAACUGUCUUUAAAACCAUCAACUACCUGCUGCUGAUAUUUAGCUGUCAAUCACCUGACUGUAAUGACUGGAUUUCAGGUUUCAUAUAAACUGUGUUGCAGCUAAUUUUUAGUGUUUGGGUUCUGGAUGCAGCUAAAAGGACUCUGAUAUACUGUACAUGCAAAUAAAAUGUUUGUGUGCAGUU